UUAUAUUUUUGGGCACGUUGUGUUUUGUAAUGAUGUCCCAAGUGGCCAUAAUGUACAGCAAUCAUUCCAUUUUCUUGAAGCUCGACGACGUGAUGGACGCUAUACACCCCAUCAAUUCAAUUCUUAUGAACUCGACACAGAUCCGUCCCGACGACAAUCGCGCCAUCUCCACUGCGAUGAAAAACGAAAUGACCGACGACGCCGUGUCGGAGGAUGCAAGCAAUCCUUACAACGUUGGGGCUAAAGAUGGUGUUUUCUUUUCCAACGUAUCCUAUGACUUCCGCGAGUGUACUUCUCCCGAAAGCCACGUGCCAUGGCCACUAGAGGGCGAUAUUCAGUCCAAAACAUCGGCGAUUACAUGUGGCAUGAGUGCCGACACGCCAUUUUCUCGUUUUUUUUCGAGUCAAUUGUGGAAAACCAAAUUUGAACCAUUGAUCAAACAGUGCAACAAGCUGGUCGUUUUCGGCGUGGCCUUCGGAGGAAAUUUUGUGAAGGAUUUAGAUGCACCACACGUACAGAAAUUGGUUAAUGCGACAGAUUUGGAACGUCGGCAUGGAAGAUGUUUCUUCAUACUGACUACAGAGAAUGACGUUGUAAGAAAUCAGCAUAUCGUCGACAAAUACAACGGCAAGGAUCGAUCUUUCAUCGAUCCUAUUGCUGUCGGCCACAAUACCCUGGUUCCAAUCCCUGACGACAUAUUGCCUUACAAAAACCCACGGAGAAAUGUCAAACUUCUGAAAUAUGUGGGUCAAUAUUUGUUCCAAAAUGCCGAAACUGUAAUAUGGCAAGACGCCAAAUUUUUUCGAGACGAUUUUGUCAGCAAACAACCCAUGAAUUAUUUGGAUCUCACUGACGAUGAUUCUUGCGUUACAGCCAUGGCGUUGCCCGUCCACAAGAUCACGGUUGGACUCGAAAAUAUCCGAAAUGGUAUGCAAAAGCACGGUCGUUAUCGAGCCCAGUACGAACACCACUGCAUGACCAUCAUUGCAGCUCUUAGCGAUAGGCCAAACGUGACCGACAGCUCGGAUAACCUCAUUCGUCAGUGCGAUGCCUACCUCCAGCAUGUGUACCAGGAAAAGGGAAACAUAGAAACUAUGAAUCAGGGAUUGGUCGACUCUGCGUUUAUCGUUUGGAACCAUAAGACGCAAGUUUGUCGAGAUUUCAGCAGUGCAUUCCGAUGUACUAUCGUUGAUCAAAUCCAGUGCCAUUCCGAUCGAGACCAAGUUGGCAUCCCUUUUGCCAUGUACAAAAUGGGAGUUGCAGGAAUGUACCGACAGCACACAGGAGGAAAAUUAAAAACAGUGGAUGAAAAGUGGGACCCUCGAAUUCAUGAUUUGGAAUUUAUUGUCACCGAGGAAGACAAAGCGAAAACAAAUCACAGCCUAGCCGUCACCGGGAAUGAUGGGAAUGACGAAGAACCUCCCACCAUGAUUAGGGUGACAAGAUCGUCAUGUCACUGGUACUUUUCGCGUCUGGGAAACUGUCGGACCGAUCUGACGGACGAGAAACCCACUAUAGCCCUCCUAGUAGCAGGGUCUGCUAAGCGGUUUGUCCUUGACGGUUUGACAGAACAUUUUAUCAAGCCACUCGUCGAGGAACAGAAUACAAAGGUUGAUUAUUACCUUAUGCUGAGCGUGAAGCAAGGACUAGCGUACCGGAGCAACGACGCUUAUAUGAAAUACCAAACAUUUGAUCCAGCAUUUGGUGAAAUAAGGAAUGAAAAGAAUACGGAUGUCGUUACGGCAUUUUUAUUUGACAAAAUUCGAAAGAUGAUAAGUUUGUCGGGUGCGAACGUCGGAGGAAUCCACAUCCAACCUCAGCCGAUGAGACUCGAUCAUCCUAAGUUGCGAAGGAAGCAAUUAGAGGCCAAGAAAGCUCGACCAAAAGAGGACUCGUACUUUCGGUUCCCAACAUUGGAUCUACGGCCGGAAUUCCGUAGGCGGACAGCGGUGACAAACCGUAAUUUGUUCAAACUUUACCUCGGUAUUCACAAGCUUUGGGACAAGCACCUGAUUUCAUCCGAAACCUACAUUGGUGUAUCAUACGACUACGUAAUGAUAUUGCGAGAAGAUGUUAUGUGGUUGGGCGAUUUCAACCUGGAGAAGUUGAUUGCAACGAAUCCACAAGCAGACGCGUAUGUGGUGUCAUGCGACAUCAGACACCAGAAAGAUUCUCAGAUAAUAGAAAACGAAUACAGCGAUUAUGGAAUCGUCAUCAAACGCGAGAAGGCAACCUUAUUAGGCAAAUACUUUACACACAUACUGAGAACUGAUCUCAACGCGUGUCACGAAAGCGUCAAAGACAUGGUCCCACCAGACACGGGAUGCAACAGUGGAAUGUUAUUGUACUGGAUUAUGAAAGAACACGAUGUUAAGGUGCAGCGAGUCGCUCAAUCGGUGUUUCCAAUUGAACGUGCAUUCAACUUAAAUCUCAACCAGACAACACAGAGGUGCAUUCAUAGAUACUGUCAAAGCAAAGAAGCUCCGCUGCAGAUCCCAGACGACCUGCCGAUUUGUAGCAACUUAGAAUUACAAUAAAUGUAACUGUUAAUAUGUCUACGAUAUAAUUUUCAUUUUUCACAAGACGCAAAACGAGAUUGUUCCGGAAAAGUGCCUUUUUGCGUAAAAACAACAGCGCGUGAUGAAAGAGAUUUUUUCUUUUCAACUACUACUAUCUGCUGAAUGGAACGUACUUACCACUUAGCUGCUCGUGGUUGGGUUGUGCGAUCGUUAUUCGGGAUUUCGGAUUUCUUCACCGUCAUGAUUUUUGUACAGCAGAACGGUUACAGUAGGUAUUUUAGGUAAACAAAUUCUUCUCGGCUAGAAGUACGAAGUAGUAAAUUACACGAAGAGAAGAGGUUGUGAAAUAGUGGCAUGCUCAUUGCUGUACCGUCGUAUGAAUACAUGGAUCACAAUAAAGAGCCACUUAGUUUCAAUGAUGAGAAGGUAAUGAGUUUGGUAAGUCUGCUUCAUAAUAUUCCAUAUAACCUUUGAAAUAGUGGCAUAUUCUUCAUUUGUCGAUGAAGAGAGAGGUCACUUAGUAGAGAUUUGGGAUCCCAUGUCCUCACGAAGAAAGCCCUGGUUGAAAACGAAUGUACCAGAAACGGAACUCGCUUUCGCAGUAAUCUUGAUGUGUGUCGGUACAAUCUUUGAUAGAACUACUACUACUCGUCCUCUACAUUACAAUGGCACCAGUCGAUGACGAUGACCUCUAUGGCGACUUGGACACCAACCUGAAAAAAGCAAGACCAGACAA